GAAAAAAACAACUUUUAGUAGUACCACUUGCGAGCUCCAUUUAGUACGACAACGGCGUCGCGAAUAUAUUUUUUCAAAUUUGCAAUUAAUAUUAGUCAUUAGUCAUAAACAAACCGCUGUCUGGUUUGGUUCGGACGCGAUAAUGUUGUGGUAAUAGAUUGUAUAAGUUAGUGAUUAUGGAUAGGCUAAAAGGAUUAGGAGGAGAGGCGACCCAGGGCGAAUUUGCUAGAAGUAGAAUGCUGGAAGAUCUACACCUAGCAGCUGAACUGGGCAAAACCCUCCUGGACCGGAACCGAGAACUCGAAACCCUCCUCAAAGAAAAACAAUCCACCAUCGAAGACCAGAAACUAGAAAUCGAGUACCUCACCAAACAAACCGUAGCCCUAAAAGAAGUAAACGAUUCCCGACUGAGAAUCUACGAACAACUCGAAGUGAGUAUCCAAGACUUGGAACGCACCAACUUGCGAUUGCAAUUCGAUAAUGGCUCCGAAAAGAAGCACAUCAAAAGUCUCAACGCUUCAGUGGAACAAUUGGAAGUUAAAAACGAAGAGCUUCAAGGUAUUAUCGACGAACUUCGGAUGCAAAUUGACGUAUUGAAGAAAAAAGUCAACCGGAACAGUGAUGCAGGACUAUCAAGAAGUACCAACCAAAGAGAAGUGGUAACUUUGAGACCUGUUAAAGAUACAUCUGACAAUGACGAUAAUUCAUCCGGAAAUUGCUCAAAAACUUAUGUACAAGCAAAACAUGAAAAAUGUACAUCCCGACCACCAACACAACAAACCUCAAAUCAAACUCAACCCGAAUGCGAUCAAAACUCGCUCGACGAAACUGACAACAGCAUGGAAGAAAUGGCUCAACUUAUGGCACAACUUAGAGAAGCUCGGUCUCAGUGCAGCAGAGACGAACGGAAAAUUGCAGAGCUGGAAGAACAACUGGCCACGAUGGUUCAGCAAAAUCAAUCACUGGAAAACCAAGUGAUUCAUUUGAGUCACAGAGGCGACGAUUUGAACAUGAAGAGUAUGCACGAAGAACUUACAACUCUAGAUGAAGUUAGACAAGGUCAGAUGUGCAGCAAAUGUUUACGUACAAUGGACCAAUCCAGCGAGCUAGAUCUUCCGGACGACGACGACCAAAGUAUGCUCGAAGACCUGAUGACCACCCAGCACCGCACCUCGUUUUCCAUGAACGUUCAGGAUCACGUAGACAAUCAAUCAUCUCCCAUAACCAACCGCCAACCAUCCAACCCUUACAAAGACCUCGUAGAAAAAUACGAGGCCCUGGUUGAAGUGCACCGUGGCAACCCAACAAAAUCCAUUAAUCAGUGCCCAUCGCUGCAAGAAGAAAUGCAAAUUUCAGGCGAUUUUACUAAAGACACUGACGAGGAGAGCGGGCACGGAGAUAGCCUACGAUGCAAACAGCACAAGAAAACCAGAAAAACCUUUUCAACACCGACAGAUUUUUCAGAAGCUGAAACCAGUUCCAGCGGCUAUGUGGACGAAACCAGCAACAAAUCUACUCAAACUGAAGGCAGAGUCGGUUCGUUUUUGUGCACCAUCGCUGACGGCGAAGAUUGCAAGUUCAGCAUCUACGAUGACGCUAGUCCUAUAGACUCUAGAUUCCGUGACAGACCAGAAUACAGAGACUUGUUCAAAGAAAUAUUUAGAGUACUAAAAAAGGCAGCCGAAAAUAAAGCUGAAGGUGAAGAGUUGCCUUUGUUGGACGAUAACACUAAAACCAUUCCAAUCGUACCGCCAGCAACUCCCAUGAACGAUCAGCUACCAGAAUUCCCUGAUGAUGACACCCAAAGCGUCAUGUCUUCAACAAUGUCUGAAAUAUCAACGCAAAAUGACGCCACUACGGUAAUUGAAAAUAUUAUUCAAUCACAAAACCAACCAAUACCUGAAGCAGAACCUGCUAAGCAAGAAUUCGUGCUCAGACCUUUAGUACGUCCACCACUGGAAUACUUAUCAGUUGAAGUACGUAAAAGGUCUUCCUCGAGACGCAAAAACAAAAACUCUGAUCGCUCCGAUUCGCCGGUAACUCAUAUAAUUGGCAGCCCGAAAAUUACUUAUUCGAGUCGUCCUAAUUCAAGUAGGAGAAGAUCCGCUGCUAAACCUACCGAAGAAAACAACUGGAACGGCAACACUUUGCAAUUUUGGGCCACCAAUCGUAACGUGGCAUCGCCUACUCCGAGUCAAGGUAGCGGGAAAGUUUGCUUCGAAUUCAAACCUAGCUCUGCCUCACAAGAUUUGCACAAAUUGAAAAAGUUAGAUAUGUCUUAUGCCGAAGUACUUAGAAAUGCUGACACUAAGAAACGAGAGUUGUACAGGCAGAGGAAGAAGUAGAAUGGUCUUUUGGAUGAAGUUUGGUUUUCUUAAUUUUGUAUCCUUGUUUGAGGCUACAACAAUUUGCCUAACAUUUGAGUUUAAAGAAGUUUACAAACUGCAGCUUUAGAAGAAUGUAAAAUGACAAAAAUUGACGUUGUUGCUACAAAAGCAGCUUCAAAGUAGAAGGAAAAUGAAAAAAUAAACACCUAAAGACCAAUCUUUCUUUGAAUGUUAAUGUUAACUACUGUAAUUAUUAUUAUUUUGAUUUGAGGCUGAUAUUAUUCGAGUUUUGUAAAUAAUUUUAAUUUGUGAAUUUUGUAAGCGUGUCACUUUUAUUUUUAUUAUUUUUGUGUUGAAUGCUAUGUGUUAUUUCCCUUUAAAUAUAAAUCGCGGUUCUACAAAGACCUGUUUUAUGUGCCAAUAAGUUUAAUCACAAAUAAUAUAGUAGCGUGUUGUACAGGGUGAUCACUUCUAAUGUCAAAUACCCUGUUCAAUAUUUAAGGCUCAAUGAAAUUUGCCAUGUUAUAAGUGAUCACUUGUUAUAGUUUCAAAUUGCUAUUCAAAAUAUGUCUAUUAAAAUUAGAAUUUAGGGGGUUUAUUAUUACCCUGUUUAUAAAUUCCUAAUAAUAGCUACAAGUAAUGUCACCUUUUUAGGGGUCAACUAAGACAAUGAAUGAGAAUUGAAAAACAUGUUCAAAAAAUUAUCACAAAAAGAAGACAAGUAGUAUUUUCAAUGUUUACAUCUUUAGGGGUUGGUUUCAACUCUAGGGUAAACAUGUCCCGUUACAAUAUUUAUACUUAACCUGGGGAUGACUUGCUAUUGAGAAACCAGCCCUAGGUAUUUUCAAUUUAAUUCAAAUACAAAAAAAAACAAACAAAUUAACAUUCCAUUUUAUUUAUUCCACUCUGUAGAAAUCCAACAUGUAAACGUUAGUGUUUUUACUAUUUAAACUAAUUAAUUAGGGAAAUGUUUGUGAUUAAAUUAUGAUUUUACAGCUUAGAGUUGUUUUAUUUUAUUUUUAUUUACAAAUGCAAUGACUACGUAAUGUUUUGAAACAACAUUACAAACCAAGGAAACCCACUAUUAUUUAUACACAGUAAUAAUCUGUAAAAAAAAAAUAACCAAUAUUCUAUAUUACAAAUGGCCUUUAUUAUAUUGCCUAAAAAACAGCUUAAAUUCAAAAUUAUUAAAAUAACACAAAAUAUUACUAUUACUGUAUCAUUUAACUGAACAGUAACUACAGAAUAAUUUAAAGAAAAAUACAUAUUAUUAAUAUAAUGUAACUAGCACAAAUAAAAAAUUAAUACAAAGGAAAAAAUUAGAUCUACCUCCUAGUGUCUUUGAAAUAGUACCUUGUGAAUGGUACCUAAAUCCGGGACCAACUUAGAGGCAUUAGAUGAAGCUGAUGAAAUUCUGCUACUUAUGCUCAUCCUAAAAAAAUAGGUUUCUAUAGGAAAAGAGAAAUGUAUACAUAUGUUGUAGGUAUCUCAAAUGGAAACAAGCUACUAAACAAAAAAAAUGUAUGAAAUAAUUCAAAAUUCCAAACUUACAUUUUUUGAAUAACUAAUGUUUUGGAUCAGCUUGUAAUUUUUCAAUAAAAUGUCACAAAUCUUUUGGUGCAACUUCUUAUGUAAAAACUUACACAAGAAAAUUGUAUGUGAAAAAUAGUGAAAAUGUACAGAAAGCUUCAGUUUACAAUAUUGGCAAAAUGUGUAAUAAUGGGAUUUUAAGACAUAAGUACUUACCCGCCAGAUUUGAUAAGUGGUCGAGCAGUGGGUUGAUGCAAAGGUCUCUUAUUGACCAAAAGACAUUUCAUUGGUUGACCAUCAAGCUGCCUGUUAUGGUAAGUAUCAACUGCUUUUUGAGCAUCUUUAAGAUUUUUGAAAAUCACUUCAGCUACACCAGGACGUGCCAGUUUAGCUGACAAUAAUUGCCCAACAUCUUCAAAUAAUUCCUUAAAUAAAAAAACAUAAUUUUAUUUAAACAUUUUAAAUAAACAAAAUCCUUACUUUAAUAUCCUCUUCAGUCACACUAGAUUCCAAAUUGGAAACCACAAUCCUGUGACCAUUGGGUACGACCACUUUAGUGCUCAUUUCCCCAGCUAAUAUUCCGUGAGAUUUUGGCUGGCUGGGAGCGCCAUCUAAACGCGAAUGUACGUUUGAAACUCUGGUAGAUCCUCUCAGAGCGAUUCUACUAACUUCAUUUCUGACCAUGGGCAUUUCUUCAUCUUCAACCACAGCGUCUAAGUCAAUGUAUCUACUUGCAGGCCUGAUUGGCGGCCUGGGAUGAUCGACACUGCUUCUUAUUGGC